AUGAAGCUGACCACCCUCUUCUUCGCCCUCGCCGCCGUUCUCGCCGGGGCCGCCAUCACCGAAGCUGCCACCAUCGACCACGCAGGCCCCUGGACCCAGAUCCACCACAAGAAGGAUAUCAAGUCCUUUAGGAUCUACGCCGAGCCCAAGGGCGCAGACUUGCGCAGCGCCACACCCGUGUACGACAAGUGCACCUUCUAUGGCGCAGCGGCUAAGAACCACGAUCUUGAGAAAAGGAAGCAGCCCAGCAGCAUUCUUGAGUUCCAGGAUCUGCGACACAAGACGGUGGGCAUCAACUGCGUCAACUGCACUCCCCAGGAGCUUGGCAACCUGUACCAGACCGACUUGUACUUGAACUGUGCGGUGCUGGACCACAGAUCGGCCGGUUGGAAGCCCAAGGGUGGCAACUAA